AUGAUGUCACCUAACAGUAUGGAACCCCAUGUGCCAGGCACUGUGGAUGAGGCCAAGCGCUUCCUACACCAAAACUCCAAGCCGAAGCAAGUGCUGGCAGAGUUCCACCCGUCAUUGGUGACCCUGUCAGCAAGCCAUGGCCCUGCUGAGAGCAGGGUCCUCAGCCGAAUUAGGGACAGGAAAAGCCGCUGCUCAACAGAGACCGUGCUCAGAGCCACGCUCUUCCCGGCCCGCUGCCAGACUUCUGGGGUCUUGGCUCCAAGGGCCGACCCCACCCAGGCAAGGCUCCUGGGCUUACAUGCUGUCUUCGAAGAAAUCCAAUAG